AUGCAUGCUCAAGUACAAGAUGUUGGAGAAGAUUUAGAACAGAACAAGGCUGAACAAACUUUACAGAAACAACAUGAAGUUACCGAGUUAUGGACGCAGCUUACUGCCAAGGCUAAUUCACGCAAAGAAAAACUGUUCGACUCCUAUGACUUGCAAAGAUUCCUCAAGGAUCAUAGGGAUUUGCUAGCUUGGAUAAAUUCUAUGUUGGGAUUGGUCAGUUCAGAAGAGCUUGCCAAUUAUGUUACAGGGGCUGAAGGUCUUAUUGAAAGACCUCAGAAAAAUCCUAGAGACACUGCUCCUGGAGGUCUUAUCGUAGAAACAUUAAACAAUUUGCUUGCUUUUGGAAACACUAUUGAAAUGCUUAAAAAACAAGCUAGAAGUUGUGGGCAACAAGAACCUGAAGAACAUGGAGAUGGAGAACUUGGAGAAGAAUAA